UAUUGGGCCGCACAGUCCUCUGUGCGCAUGUGCUGCUCAUUUCAAACUCCGCCGCGCGCCUAGGUUGCUGAGGCGGAGUUAUAGGACCGUGAGCCCCGGAAGCGGACGGCUUAAGGAGCUCAGCUUUGGCGGCAGCCGCCUCUCGCCUCUGAGGCAUUUGGCCAGUCGCUUUGCAGUCAUUUCCACCUUUCGGUCCCUGCGUCUCGUCCUCGAGCCGUGACCAGUGAGGGCCUCCUCGGAACCCUGCCCUGGCGUCACUAGGCCGGAACAUGGCGACGUCGGGUCUGGAUCAUCUCAAAAAUGGCUACAGAAGAAGAUUUUGCCGACCUUGCAGGGCACCUGACAUUAACCCAGAGCAAGGCCAGAACAUACUGGAAAUCUUACAAAACUAUUUCGAAGAAAAAAGUUUUGUCAAUGACUUUAGUUCAGAUUCUACAAAAUCACAGCUUUAUUCAACACCUAAAGUAGAAAACAUUUAUAUUCAGUCAUCAAGCCAAAAGUGCCAGAACUCCCAGCCCAAGUCCAUUCCAGUUUCUUCAAGGAAGAAAGAAGCCUCUCUGCAAUUCAUUGUAGAACCAAGUGAAGCUGCCAGCAGAUCAGCAUUAAAUACACUGUCUUCAAGUGCAGAGAUUUCUCUUAAAACCAAAAAAAGGUUAAACUUUGAAGAUAAAGUUAUUUUGAAGGCAUUAGAAGUAGAGAGUAAAGUAGAACAGUGUAAUGUAUCAGAAAGACAACAAGAAAGGAAACCAGCAGAAACAUCUCAAAAAAGAAUACAAGAUCCCGAACGUGAAAUUCAAGCACAUGCUAAAAAGACGUUUUCAACAAUGUUUUUAGAAACCGUAAACAGAAAAAGUGAAUCCAGUUCCAUUGUUAGGCAUUUGGCAACUGUUGCACCUCAUUUGUCACCUCCAAAUGAUACUAAGUUGAUAGAGGAUGAAUUUGUAAUUGAUGAAUCAGAUAGAAGUUUUGCCAUUCAAUCUUGGAUUACAAUACCAAGAAAAGCUGGGCCUGUGAAACAAGGCACAGUAUCCCCUGCUGAGACCACUGCACUCCUUCAAGGUAAAGAGUCAAGAGAAAAACACUCCCAUGUAUCACCUAAGACUUUGGCAAGCGACAAAGCUUCCUGUAAAGCUCAACCACUAGAGAAAUCUCAGCCUUCUGGUCAAGAAAGACUGGGUACAAGUUGUAUGGAAAAUGAUUCUAGAUCUACAAAACGCGAAAUACAUUCUCAAGAUAAAAAAUCGUCUGGAAGCAAAAAGGCUAUAGAACAGAAACAGACAAGAAAACUUAAGGUCAAUGUAGUUGAAGAACAGCUUCAUAUGGAACAAUCUGAUGAUGAAAAUUUAAAUACGUCACAUAUUGCUCAAAACAAGUUUCAGAGAAAUUCACUUAAAAGCAUGGAAGAGUGUGAAAAGAUGAGAAAUGAUCAUGUUUCCAAAAAACAGAUGCCACCUGUGGAAAGCAAAAAAAGUAGCAGUAGAAAACAUGAGGAAGAAUCUAAAAAGAAGCGUUUUUCAACUGAGUCCAAGAACAAAGUUAUACCUGAAGAAGUGACUUUAACUGUCACAAGAAGUCGAAGAAUUUCCAGGUGUCCAUCUAAUUGGUGGGUGGUGAAGUCAGAGCAGCGUCCUGCCAAUAGCAAUUCUUCCAUAAGAAAUGAAUUAUCAGCACAUCAAAACAAUAGGCAGAAACCUACUAAGAAUAAAAAUCAGUCAUCUAAGAAUAUUGGAGAAAAAAAUAUUCCACUUAAAAGGAAGAAGACAGCAACUCAAGGCAGCUUAAGAAUGCAGACAUUUUCAAAUGCUGAAAGUUCUGAAGAUACUGGCCUUGAUAAAAUUUCCAGUUGUUCUCAGAUUGAGCCACUGGAGAAUAAAAAAGCAAACCUAGCUAAGAAGAAAGAUCUUCAUAAUCAUUUUGGAUGUACAGGAAGCUCAGAGGAUCAGGAUGGUACUAUGAGUACACACAAUUUUCCUCUAAAGACUAAGACCAGUAGCUAUAUAUGCACUACACCAAUAGAUUCUAACUUGGAUUCUGAAAAACCUAAUGCUUCAGUUUUGGAGGAAAGUGGGCCUUCUAGGCACAAGAAUUAUUUAAUGUCUAGACAGAAUAAUUCUGAUGUGAAUGAUGAGAAAGUUCAGGAAAGUUCCGAUGACUCAAGACUAAAAAGAUUUAAAAUGACACCAAACAACAAAGUACAUCAUAAAUUAGUGUUUCCCUCCAACACACCAAAUGUUCGCAGGACCAAGAGAAUACGUCUGAAACCUCUGGAAUACUGGCGAGGGGAGCGAAUAGAUUAUCAAGUAAGGCCAUCAGGAGCACUGGUGAUUGGUGGAAUAUUAUCUCCACACACAGUGUCAUCCACAAGAAAGACAAAGAGAAACAUGGAGAAUGUCAAGAGAAUAGCUAAUCAGAAAAGGAUCUGUCCUGAUAAUGAUGAGAGAAGGAGUAGAUUAAUGGUAAAUCUGGAUAUACCUCUUGGAGAUCCUUUGCAACCAACAAGGGUAAAGGACCCCCAGACAAGAGAGAUUAUUCUCAUGGAUCUUGUGCGACCACGAGAUACAUGUCAAUUUUUUGUUAAGCAUGGUGAGUUGGAAGUAUAUAAAACAUUGGAUACACCCUUUUUUUCUACUGGGAAAUUGAUAAUAGGACCACAUCAAGAAAAGGGAAAGCAGCAUGUUGGCUCAGAUAUAUUGAUCUUUUAUGUUAACUUUGGUUACCUUUUGUGUACCUUACAUGAAACAUCUUACAUAAUAACUACUGGGGAUUCUUUCUAUAUUCCUUCAGGUAAUUAUUACAACAUCAAAAAUCUCUUGAAUGAAGAAAGUACUCUUCUUUUCACGCAGAUAAAAAGAUGAAAGAAGAAGCAAGUUUAAAUACAUACAGCAGUUUGUAUAGUUGGGAGGGGCACUUAUUGUAAUUAGUUCUGACGUCUUAAAAUAAAAAUGUUACUCAGUUUUGUGUAAACUUGUACUUGAUUAAUAUUUGAAACUCCACGUGUAUCUUAACAGUUUUUCUGUGA